AUGGAGGAAACCUACCUGCUGAAUGUGGAAGGGGUCAAAAAGAAGAUUCUGCAUGGAGGCCGAGGGGAGCUGCCAAAGUUGCAGGAUGGGAGCAAGUUCACCUUCCACUUCCAGACGCUGAAGGAUGACUUUGAGCGGACGGUGAUCGAUGACAGCCGGGAAGCGGGCAUGCCCAUGGAGAUCAUCGUGGGCAAGAUGUUCAAGCUGGAGAUCUGGGAGACACUGCUCAGCUCCAUGAGGAUUGGGGAGGUGGCAGAGUUCUGGUGCGAUGCCAUUCACACGGGCAUGUAUGCCCUGGUCUCCAGGGGCAUGCGGAGGAUCGCAGAGGGACGGGACCCCCUGGAAGGCCAGAAGCACCGCUGUGGCAUGGGCAACAUGUUUGACUACCACAGCACGGGCUAUGAUGACCUGGACGAGCUGCAGCGGACACCACAGCCUCUCAUCUUCAUCAUGGAGCUGUUCCGGGUGGAGGAUCCCUCAGCGUACAAACGUGACACCUGGGCCAUGAGCAAGGAGGAGAAGCUGGCAGCAGUGCCUGUGCUUCACAGCGAGGGCAACCGCCUCGUCCUGCGCAGGGAGUUCGCACAGGCAGCGGCCAAGUACCAGGAGGCCGUCAUCUGCCUCAGGAACCUCCAGGCUAAGGAGAAGCCGUGGGAGGAUGGCUGGCUGAAGCUGGAGAGCCUGGUCACACCGCUGGUGCUCAACUACUGCCAGUGCCAGCUGGAGCUCGGCGAGUACUACGAGGUGCUGGAGCACACCACGGAGCUUCUCCAGAAACAAUGCCAAGGCCUAUUUCAAGCGGGCCAAGGCCCACGCUGCCGUGUGGAACGAGAGGGAGGCACGGGAGGAUUUCCAGCGCGUGGCUCACCUUGACCCCUCCAUGGCGGCUGCAGUGAAGAAGGAGCUGAAGCAGCUCGGGGAGAGGAUGAGGAAGAAGCACGUGGAGGAU